AUGGAGGAAACAACUGUUAUUGAAAAGACAAAUGUAAAGUUGGAAAGAUCAUUGGAGGAUUUGAUCAAAGAAAAUAGAAACGAAAAGAAAAAGAACUUUGUUCAAAGUAGAGUUCAAAAUAGACAUCAUAAUGGUGAAUCAGGUUCUUCAUCACCUUCAUCUGACCCAAUGUCAACUAGUUUGGAUUCAAUGAUUAGUGGACAAAAGAAACAAAACUAUGUACAAAGAAAUAAAAUAGAUAGAAAGUAUGGAAGUGGUGGAAGUGGAGGUGGAGGUAGCCACCACUACCAUCAAACAAGCAAUAUUAAAAUCACUGUACAAAAUACAUAUUCUUCAAGAUCUAGAGGUGGUGGUGAAGGUGCACAUCCACUACUAAGAACAGAUGAUAAUCAAUAUGGUGGUGGUGGUUAUAGAUCUCAUCGUCAUGGUGGUAGUCAUCACCAUCAACAUCAUAGAGGAGGUCGUGGAGGAGGAUCACCAGUACAAUAUAGAAAUAGAUCACUCUUGGAAAAGGUAUCAAAGAUUGAUCAUUCACUCUUUGAUCCAAGAGGUAUCAGAGAUUACAGUCAAGUAAAGAAACCAAUCACUGUCAAUAUGAAUGGCGGUAGAGGAGGUAGAGGAGGUAGAGGUGGAAGAAACUCACGUUACGACGACGAUGGAGACUUUUAUCAGGAAGAAGGUGCUACUAUUCGUGUUGCCAAUUUAGCACCAUCUGUCACUCUACGUGACCUCGGACGUGUGUUUAGUGUCAUUGGAGAGCUAAAGGAUUUCGAUAUUCUACAUCAUCUCAAGCCUGUUCAAGCAUCGAUCACCUACAAAAACCCAGAACAUGCUCUACUCGCAAUCAAUAGAUUCAAUGGAAUUCCAUUGGAUGGUCAAGAUUUGGAAAUAACUUUGGAAUCUAAAUUAGAUCAAAAUGAAGAAGAAGAAGAAGAAUAUGAAGAUGAAUUGGAACAAGGUGACUUUGAUGAUGAUAUGCAAGAUGAUGAUAUCAACCAAGAUGAUGAAUAA